CCCUCCCUCCCUCCCUCCCUCCCCUUCCUCGAGACUCUCGAGAGCGAAACCGAGAAGGUGAGCGCGCGCGUAGGUUCGUGUGUGUGCGUGCAGCGUGCGUGACAUUCGCGCGGCCCGCCGUCGAGGUGAACGGUUGCGGAAAGUCCGGCGGUGCCGUUGGUGUCGAAGUCUCCCCCCCUUCCCCUCUGCACGGAUGCGCCGUCCUUGUUGAGCGGGCGAUUCGCGAGCGCGGACCUCCGCCGUGGACCUCCGCCUCCUGGUGCCGAACAGUGGAGAACAUGGAGGACUACAAGUUUCUCUUCAAGGUCGUGCUCGUGGGGAACGCCGGUGUGGGCAAAACCUGCCUAGUGCGACGAUUCACUCAGGGUUUAUUUCCACCUGGACAAGGUGCAACAAUUGGAGUUGAUUUUAUGAUUAAAACUGUUGAAGUCGAAAAUGAAAAAGUUAAGUUGCAAAUCUGGGAUACUGCAGGUCAGGAAAGAUUUCGUUCCAUUACUCAAAGUUAUUAUAGAUCAGCACAUGCAUUGAUAUUAGUUUAUGAUAUUUCUUGUCAACCUACAUUCGAUUGUUUACUAGAUUGGUUGAGGGAAAUCGAAGAAUAUGCAAGUAAUAAAGUUCUUAGGAUAUUAGUAGGGAAUAAAAUUGAUCGAGAAGAUAGAGAGAUACCAACACACGUGGGAGAGGAUUUUGCACAAAGGCACGGCAUGUACUUUUUAGAAACGUCCGCUAAAGAGGCGGAAAACGUAGAGAGAUUAUUUAUGGAAAUAGCAGCUGAACUUAUGGAGCAAGCACGCUGUAAGGAAUUACCUCGGUAUGAAACGAAUACAACUUCAAUAAACGGUAAAACGACGUCAAUCGGUGAUAGUAGUAAUUGCGGUUGUAGCAGACUCUCUUAAAUAAUUUUUAUAUGUUAUAUUAUACCUUUUUUUAUAGACACGGUGAUUGAAAUCGAGCGUAUCAUAUUUGAUAAUUUAGGGAACGUAUAGUACACGUAUAUCUUUGAUACACAGUGUUAUUGUUUAGUGUUAUGAUAUUAUAUGCUACGUUGCUUUAUACUAUGUUGUAAGAUAUAUUUAAUAUUUAAAACAAGAAUUUAAAUAUAUCAUUAAGCACUCUAGCUUUUAGGACAUUAAAUUUUUAUAGAUAUAUAGCGUAGUUUUACGCUCUCUUAUCGCGCAUUUUAUUUAAUUAAAGUAAUACUGCUUGAUAUAUAUAUUAAAUAUAUUGUUUAAGCAUUUAUUUCCAUAUGCAAUGGAAAUUUUAUUUAAUAUAAUUGUAGUAUUUCUCUUUUGUUAUUAUACUUCGAAAGUACAAAUAGUUAUUACCACAAUGGAUUUUGGUAACUUGUCCAAAAUCUUAUUAGUAAUAAUAAGAUUUUUACAACAUGUCACACAAGCCUACGAUGUAUAAAGUUAUUUCUAACGUGCAAUAUUUAUAUGUGUUUAUCACAACUAUUUUGAAGAAGACAGCUCACAAUAUGCUCCUAACAGCAUGUUAAAAUUAAAGCAUAAAUGAUAUUGUAACUCUGCAUACAAUAAUCAACGAAAAUAAUUUUUAUUUUAAUGAAUUAUUUAGUAAUAAUUUAAACAAGUGAU